CUUCUCGAUAGAUCCACAGUCUGUUGCAGAUGCCUUUAACUCGUAUCGAAUCGUUCCAUCGCGCAUCUUCCGCGAUUGUUUUUAUGUACGAAAAGCGAAUCACGCGCGCGAAAAGUUAUCGGGAGUGUCUCGCGUAAAGUGUCAUACGUAUCAUGUGUCAAAUAGUGUGAAACACCUUGUGCGCGAACAGUACAUUACACGCAUAAUUGAUGACAUCGAUAUCGAAGAUUAUUUCACUUCUACGUGUCCUGGGAAAUUGUCCACGAUCUUCGUAUGUUUCAAGAUAUCCUUUCGUCGAACUACAGCGGAAAUGACUGAUUGUUUAUAUUGACGCGUGAUUAUCCGAUUUUGAUGAGAGCGACGACGGCGUGGCGCGAUCGGGCUCGUCAUCAGUUAUCAAGAUUUCUUCAGGAAAUCCGCCGAAACGGUGCAAUGUUUUGAUAGCAUUUUUUAGAUUCUGAAACAUGUUGAGCAUUAUCAGGCGAGAAUGUGCACCGAUAAUCCAGCAAUACUUGAGCGAUGGUACGACCGGACACAGUAUCGCAUCUCGCCGAUGAUAAAUACCAGUGACUUGUCUUAGGCAUGCCAUCGAAUCGUCAGUGACGCGCGAGCGUCGGUCAGUGGAAAGCGAGUCGAACGGCGAAGAUUAGCUGAAAGAAGCGCGACGUGAAAUUAAAUCGUCUGGAAAAUGUGGUCGUUGGUAUUCGUGACCACCUUGGCAUUGAGUAGUGCUGUAUCGGAGACAAUAAACUUACCGAGUAAUGAGACAUGGCAAUACAGUUUCGGAGUUGAUUAUGAGAACAAUCAAUUUCUAUUGGAUGGAAAGCCUUUCCGGUAUGUUUCCGGCAGUUUUCAUUACUUUCGGGCGCCUAGACAGUAUUGGAGGGAUCGUUUAAGGAAAAUGCGAGCUGCGGGACUUAACGCGAUCUCCACUUAUGUCGAAUGGAGUCUUCACGAACCAGAACCAGGUCAAUUUAAUUGGGCUGGUGAUGCGGAUCUAAUAGAAUUUUUAAAUACCGCGCAAGAGGAAGACUUGCUCGUAUUGUUACGACCGGGUCCUUAUAUUUGCGCGGAAAGAGAUUUGGGUGGUCUACCCUAUUGGUUGCUUCGUGAAGUGCCGGAUAUAAAACUACGUACAAAAGAUACAGCUUUCAUGAAAUAUGCCACAACGUAUUUGAAUCAGGUGUUAGAAAAAGUCCAGCCACUUUUAAGAGGCAACGGAGGACCGAUAAUCAUGGUUCAGAUAGAGAAUGAAUAUGGGAGCUACAAUGCUUGCGAUACCGAGUACACGGAUAUGUUAAAAGAAGUGAUUGUCGAAAAAGUUGGCAGUAAGGCUCUCCUAUAUACGACGGAUGGUGCGUCCGCGUCCUUGCUCCGUUGCGGCUUCGUACCUGGUGCAUAUGCCACCAUCGAUUUCGGGACAUCCGUUAAUGUGACUAGCAGUUUUCAAUCCAUGCGUCUCUAUCAGCCACGAGGUCCCUUGGUGAAUUCUGAAUUUUAUCCAGGAUGGUUAACUCACUGGGGGGAGACCUUCCAGAGGGUAAAAACAAAAGCUGUCACGAAGACCUUGAAUGAAAUGCUUGCUCUAGGCGCUUCCGUUAAUAUUUACAUGUUCUACGGUGGUACAAACUUUGCUUUAACUUCCGGCGCUAACGGCGGUGUAGGUUCAUAUAGUCCACAGAUAACUUCUUAUGAUUAUGAUGCUCCUUUGACCGAAGCCGGAGAUCCGACAGACAAAUACUUUGCUAUAAGAGACGUCAUCAGUCAGUACCUGCCAUUGCCGAACAUGUCUCUUCCAACCACAUCUCCGAAAGGCAAUUACGGUCCGGUAUUAUUAGAACCGAUACAGAAGCUGUUCGAUAGCCGAUCCUCGUUUGUGGUGAGCUUGGCGACCGGCAGUAGACCUAAAACUUUCGAGCAUCUAUCUGUAAAUCAAGGUUUUGUACUUUACGAGACGAAUUUGCCGUCUUCUGUAUUCGAUCCUGCUAUAUUACAUGCAAUGACGAAGGAUAGAGCGCUAGUUUACGUGGAUGGUAGAUUAUCCGGAAUACUGAGUCGCAUAGAUAACAUAUAUACUGUGCCGCUAGAGAAUCCUUACGGUCGCCGUCUGAGUUUAUUGGUGGAGAAUCAAGGACGUUUGAAUUUUGGCAACGAAAUCCACGAUUUUAAGGGUAUAUCAAACGUGACUAUUAGCGGAAUUCCAUUGAUUAAUUGGAAUAUGACGGGCUACACGAUUUCUGACGUGUCAUCUCUUCGAGAUGUGAUAACUAUAAAUAUAAAUAGUGGAUCUUUAAUCAAUGGCCCAGUGUUUCUUCGUGGACGGUUCACGAUUACUGGGCAACCGUUGGACACAUUUUUGGACACUACCGGCUGGGGUAAAGGAAUGGCUUUCGUGAACGGUCACAAUCUCGGCAGAUAUUGGCCGUUGGUCGGUCCGCAAAAAACUCUGUACGUACCGGCUCCGUAUCUUCGUACAGGCGAGAAUGAGCUGAUCCUGUUGGAACUAGAAUACGUAUCGCAAACGAGGAAAAUGAAGUUUCAAGCCGUACCGAAUUUGGGUACGGGAUCGCAAAGCUCGGAUAGUUAAACGAAACUUUUGUACUAAUAAUUUUUAAUAUUAAAAUAAAUACACGAAAGAGAGUGUA